GUAUUGAAAAUUACUGAAUUGCUUCUUCCAUUUAAACGUAUCCAUGGACGCUCCUGUACAUCUGUCCUUUCAAAUUGACAAAAAUUUGCACGAAAUUUUAUAAAAGACAACCACCACUAUAUAAACGUAGCACUCGAGGUCGAAGAACAGGGAUCUAGUCCUCUAGACAUUGCAGUAAGAAACAUUUCCUCUCUUUAGGCUCAGAAAAGCUAACUUUUUUGAGAAUGGGAAGCGGUGGGGAGACCAACUAUGGCGAAUACACCUAUGGAGAACUUGAGAGAGAACCCUAUUGGCCUCCGGAGAAGCUCCGGAUUUCCAUCACUGGAGCUGGUGGAUUCAUUGCCUCGCAUAUCGCCAGGCGUCUGAAGAGUGAGGGUCAUUACAUAAUUGCUUCGGACUGGAAGAAAAAUGAGCACAUGACUGAUGACAUGUUCUGCCAUGAAUUCCAUCUUGCUGACCUGAGGGUGAUGGAUAACUGUCUGAAAGUUACCCAAGGAGUUGAUCACGUGUUCAAUCUUGCUGCUGAUAUGGGAGGAAUGGGGUUCAUUCAGUCUAACCACUCUGUCAUAAUGUAUAACAAUACAAUGAUCAGCUUUAACAUGAUCGAGGCCGCAAGAGUCAAUGGAGUUAAGAGGUUUUUUUAUGCUUCCAGUGCUUGUAUCUAUCCUGAAUUUAAACAGCUGGAUACUAAUGUGAGCUUGAAGGAGUCUGAUGCUUGGCCUGCCGAGCCCCAAGAUGCUUAUGGCUUAGAGAAGCUGGCAACCGAGGAAGUAUGUAAACACUACAACAAGGACUUUGGAAUUGAGUGUCGAAUUGGACGGUUCCAUAACAUCUAUGGUCCGUUUGGUACAUGGAAAGGUGGGAGGGAAAAAGCCCCUGCUGCCUUCUGUAGAAAAGCCCUCACUUCAACUGAUAAAUUCGAGAUGUGGGGGGAUGGGCUACAAACUCGAUCUUUUACCUUUAUCGAUGAAUGUGUUGAAGGUGUACUGAGAUUGACCAAAUCUGACUUCAGAGAGCCUGUAAAUAUUGGAAGCGAUGAGAUGGUCAGCAUGAAUGAGAUGGCGGAGAUUGUUCUGAGCUUCGAGAACAAGAAUCUCCCCAUCCAUCAUAUUCCAGGACCAGAGGGCGUGAGGGGUCGCAACUCAGACAACACUCUAAUUAAGGAAAAGCUUGGCUGGGCACCUUCUAUGAGGCUGAAGGAUGGGCUGAAAUUCACGUAUUUCUGGAUCAAGGACCAAAUUGAGAAAGAGAAAGCUCAAGGUGCUGAUGUUACUCUCUAUGGGUCCUCAAAAGUUGUGGGAACACAAUCUCCAGUUCAACUUGGUUCUCUCCGCGCUGCUGAUGGGAAAGAGUGAAUGAGAUAAAGUUUAUGUUCACUUUAUGAACUUAGCUAAGUUUUACAUUAUGCUCCCAUAAUAUCUCCUUUCUGACUUGGAUAAUCUUCUGUUUGAAAUAUGCUUUUUGCUUAUAUACAAUGAUUCCCCAAUAUCUCAAGUUACUCUGUAUGGGGGUCUGUUCUUAUAUAUUGCAUGCUCUCCAUAUGUUUUGAAUUCUAUACUUAUCUUGUAAUUUUGAUCUUGUACGCUUCCUCCUUAUUUUAAACUUGUGUUAAUGGCCAAGGCUUGCGUACAUGUAGCAUGUUUGGUAAG